CAGCGCUGCCAGCGCUGCGGGCGCAGCUGGGGGGGCUCAGGGGCGGUCGGGGGGGCACAGCUGCUGCUCGGUGACACUCCCGGCUCGGGCAGCGGGCUGUCCCAGCCCCGGGGCAGGCUGUCCCAGCCCCGGUGCGGGCUGGCUGGUGGCAGGCAGCGGCUCCCCGGCACAGCGCUGCGGGCGCUGCUGGGGGGGCUCAGGGGCGGUCGGGGGGGCACAGCUGCUGCUCGGUGACACUCCCGGCACGGGCAGCGGGCUGUCCCAGCCCCGGGGCAGGCUGGCUGGGUGGCAGACAUGGUUAACAUGUCAUCCCGGGAGGCGGGAUGCGGCCGCUGUUAGCCGUGAACGCCGGCGGCCCCGCUGAAGGACGGUGAGCCCGCACUCAUCCCGGGUUAUCCUGCUGCCGUCUCCUGGACCAGUGGCACCCCUGCUCUCCUGCUUUCCGCGCAGCAUCCAGAGCUUGAUUUGCUGCAGCUUUCUGCUCAGAGGGAUGGAAGGCUCCCAUCGAGGUUGUUUACCCAGUAAACGCAUCCCCGAGGAGCUGCGAGGCUGAAAUAUUCUCCUGGGAGCUGCCUGCCUCCUGUUCUCCUUUGAGCUGCCCAAAGAACAUCCCAGGAACACGGAGGAGCCCUCCACCUAACAGCCAGCUCUGCUUCCUGGAAUGCUCAGUGGGAAGGAGGCACCAUUCCAGCAUGAAAUCCAGUGCAUACCAAAUUUUGAUACCGCCUGCUUCAAGGAUAAAGACUUCAUGUAAUUGCUGUGGGAUUCAGGACUGCUGCACUCUCAUUCUUCUGACUGUUCAACAGGGCAAAGAUGAUCUGAAUGUUUAAUUGGACCAUGAUAAGAAGACAGGAGCUGGAAAUAAAAGAUGAACCCACUCCAUGGAAAGAAAUCAAGAUUUUUAGUGUGUGCUGCUGUCUGUAUGUUCAUCUACACCUUCAUUUACCUGAAGGUUCCACUUCAUGAUGAGUCAGAUGAGCAAAAAUUCCGUGUCAAAAGAGCAGAGUGUGGUUUUUACCCAGAUGAACUUUGCUCCGCUCUUUUUGUGGGGAAACCUGCAGCCUUUAAAAUUGGAAACUUUUGUCAGAAGUCCUACCAGCCCAAAGCCCUCAGCUGCAUUCACGAUUCCUGCAGCUGCUCCACAGUCCUGAAGACUCUGCAUUUCAUCACCAGACCACUGUCAGAGGAAGAAGGAAAUUUCUCCUUGGCAUAUAUUAUUACAAUUCACAAGGAGCUGGAAAUGUUUGUGAGGCUGCUAAGAGCUAUUUAUAUGCCUCAGAAUAUUUACUGCAUCCACAUUGAUGAAAAGUCACCCAGAAGUUAUAAAACUGCUGUACAGAACCUCGUUAACUGCUUUGAAAACAUUUUUAUUUCCUCCAAAAGAGAACACGUUGUUUAUGCAGGCUUUUCAAGAUUACAAGCUGAUAUUAACUGCAUGAGAGACCUCGUUAACUCCAAAGUUCAGUGGAAUUAUGUUAUUAAUCUGUGUGGCCAAGAUUACCCCCUGAAAACAAAUAAAGAAAUCAUACAAUAUAUAAAAAGCAAGUGGAACGGUAAAAACAUCACUCCUGGCAUAGUGCAGCCCCUGCACGUGAAGCACAGGACAGAGGUCAGCUACAGGGAGUAUGUGCAUUCUGGAGUGCCCUACGUGUACCCAGCAAAGCUCAGGAAAGCCCGGCCCCCACAUAACCUGACCAUCUAUUUUGGCAGUGCCUAUUACGUCCUCACCAAGGGCUUUGUGGAGUUCACACUGAGCGACGCCCGGGCUAAAGCUCUGCUGGAGUGGUCCAGGGACACCUACAGCCCUGAUGAGCACUACUGGGUCACCCUCAAUCGUUUACCUGAUGCUCCAGGGGCCACACCCAAUGCAGGCUGGCAAGGAGACCUAAGAGCCAUUAAAUGGAAAGAUCAAGAAGGGCUCUCACACAAAGGCUGCAAAGGUCACUACGUCAGAGACAUCUGCAUUUAUGGCCUGGGGGACCUGCAGUGGAUUAUUGAGUCCCCUCACCUGUUUGCCAACAAGUUUGAGGCUGCCAGGAACCCCCUGGCGCUGGAGUGCCUGGAGCGGCGGCUGCGGCUCAAGGUGCUGCGCCAGGCUCAGGUGCCCAUCGAGCAGCACUGGCGCCUGCAGGAGCACAGCCACUUCAACAUGCAGCUGGAUGUGUGAGCUCAGCCCCCUCCCCAAGACAUGUGCAGCAUCCUGGC